AUGCCAUCCAAUUGCUUUCUCUACAUAUUCUUAGCAAUUGAAGCAAAUGCUGUUUAUGCUGCUUCAAGAACUCAUGAUUUUGGACUUGAUGUUACAUGUCCUCUCGGCUACUUCCCUUGCGGGAAUAUCACAAAAUGUUUGCCGCAGCUGCUCCACUGCAAUGGGAUAGAUGACUGUGGAAAUCAGGCUGAUGAAGAUGACUGUGGUGAUAAUAGUGGAUGGUCUCAACAGCUGGAUGCAAUUUACAAUAUAAGGAUUUCCCAAGAUGCUUCUGAAGUGGAGACUGAUGAGUGCUUGGUUGAGUCUUUGCCAACACAGUGUUUGUGUCGGGGGUUAGAGCUAGACUGCGACGAUGCUGGUUUGCAUACUGUGCCUUCAGUGUCCUCAAAUAUAACUAUGAUGUCUCUACAAAGGAAUCUGCUGGGAAAGCUUGUGGCCAAUGGUUUCAAAAAAUAUCAGGAUCUUAAAUACUUGUUUCUUCAAAACAAUAACAUCAGCAUUGUGUCAGGAAACGCUUUCAGGGGACUCUACAAUCUGACAAAGCUGUAUGUAUAUCCCUUAGAUUUGGCUAACAACAAAAUUGAAUCACUUCCUCCCCUUCUAUUUAAGGAUCUAAAAGUACUCUCACAACUGAAUCUUUCAUACAAUCCAAUCCAGAAAAUACAAGCAGACCAGUUUGAUUAUCUUAGAAAACUUAACUCACUAAGCUUAGAAGGCAUUGAAAUUAAAAAUAUCCAAAGAAGAAUGUUCAGACCACUUAAAGAUCUUUCCCAUAUAUAUUUUAAAAAAUUUCAGUAUUGUGGCUAUGCCCCUCAUGUGCGCAGCUGUAAACCAAAUACUGAUGGUAUUUCAUCCUUUGAGAACCUCUUAGCCAGUGUUAUUCAAAGAGUAUUUGUCUGGGUUGUGUCUUCUGUCACUUGCUUUGGAAACAUCUUUGUCGUCUGCACGAGGCCUUACAUUCGAUCAGAGAACAAACUCCAUGCCCUGUCAAUCAUGUCUCUCUGCUGUGCAGAUUGCCUCAUGGGUAUAUACUUAUUUGUGAUUGCAGCCUUUGACCUGAAAUAUCGUGGGGAGUACAAUAAGCAUGCUCAGUUGUGGAUGGACAGUAUCCAUUGCCAACUGGUGGGAUCUUUGGCCAUUUUAUCCACAGAAGUAUCAGUUUUGUUACUAACUUACCUGACUUUGGAAAAAUACAUUUGUAUAGUUUAUCCCUUUAGAUUCCUGAAGCCAGGGAAAUACAGAACAAUUUCCAUUUUGGUUCUCAUCUGGAUUAUAGGCUUCAUUGUUGCUUUUAUUCCACUGAGCAAUAAGGACUUUUUCCAAAACUACUAUGGUGCUAAUGGAGUCUGUUUCCCUCUUCACUCUCAGCAGUCUGAAAGUACUGGAGGUCAGAUUUAUUCAGUUAUAAUUUUUCUAGGUGUCAAUUUGGUAGCAUUUAUCAUCAUCGUGUUCUCCUAUGGAAGUAUGUUUUAUAGCAUUCAUCAGACAGCCAUUACUGCAAUGGAAAUCCAGAAUCAUGUGAAGAAAGAGAUGACACUUGCCAAACGUUUUUUCUUCAUUGUAUUUACUGAUGCACUAUGCUGGAUACCCAUAUUUAUACUUAAAUUGCUUUCCUUGCUUCAAGUUGAAAUUCCAGGUUCUAUCACUUCCUGGGUUGUGAUUUUUAUAUUGCCAAUAAAUAGUGCCUUGAACCCUCUUCUCUAUACACUGACUACCAGGCCCUUCAAAGAAAUGAUUCAUCAAACGUGGCACAAUUACAGGCAAAGAAGAUCCUCAGGAAACAAAAGCAGUCAGAAAAUGUAUAGCCCAUCAUUCAUCUGGGUAGAAAUGUGGCCAGCAGAAGACACUUCAUCAGAGUUAACAAAACCAAGCCAUUACACAGAUUCCUCUAAAGGACUGAUAAGUACACACUCAGCAAGACUAAAUGUAUACACAUGA